CGCCGCCGUACAGCACCACCAACUAACGUGCUAUGUUGUGGCUCCGCCGUCCGUCCUUCCUUCAGUCGGCUCCAACUUGAACACAUGUUACACAGACACACCGCAGCGUCCUGAGAACUUCACCGGCUUUUCCCUCUGCGGUCGCUGCGUUCUUCGCAGUCCCUCAAAGCUCGCGUUAGCCUCAGCUGGUGAGCUAACGGCUAACAAAGUCCAGGAGGAAGUCACCAAAAAACAAGCAGGUAGCGGCUGCUGCUUGAGCCUAAACUCACGGUUUCGGUUGUCUCGGAGAUUUCCACCCCCCUCUUAAAGCCCCGCUGGAAACAAUGUCAGCCGCGCAAAACGACUCCAGGAAGCGGAGCAAGAAGCGCUAUGUGGCCGGUCACCACAGCAAGCGGUGGAAGGGCUCCCGGGAGCUGGAGGUGGGCAUGGAGGGGAUCCUCAUCACAUGCAACAUGAACGAGAGAAAGUGCACCGCCGAGGCCUUCAAUCUGCUCAAUGAAUACGCAGACAAGCUGUACGGGCCCGAGAAGCUCCAAGAGAAUCCUGGGAGCAGCAGUGACGAAGAGGAGGCUGAAGAAGAAGAUGUUGAUGUUGCGCUGAAGAAAGAAGUGGCACAGCUGCAAGCAUCUGGAGCUAAACAGGAGAGACGCUUCCAGGCUCUCGACAGCGGAGCAAACAACGUCAUCUUCAUCAGAACUCAAAACCUGGAAUCUGACAAACUGGUUCAUCACAUCCUGUCUGAUCUCCACACGACCAAGAAGAAGAAGUCACGCGUGAUCCUCCGAAUGCUGCCGGUAACUGGAACAUGCAAGGCCUUCCAGGAAGACAUGGUGAAAUAUCUGACCACAUUCCUGGAGCCUUGGUUCAAAACCCCAAACUGUGCUACCUACCAGAUCGCUUUCAAGGCUCGCAACAGCAGCCACAACAAGAGGGACGAAAUCAUCAAAUCUAUUGCAGGUCUUGUGGGGAAGCUGAACCCUAAAAACAAAGUGGAUUUGACAAACCCCGAACUGACGAUCAUCGUGGAGGUCAUCAAGGCUGUGUGUUGCAUCAGUGUGGUGAAAGACUAUACGCUGUAUAGAAAGUACAACGUUCAGGAAGUCGUGAAAGAAGACGCGCCCAAGCCGGAUGUGACCGCAGCAAAAACAGAUUCGAAGACGGCCGAGCAGGAGGAGAAGCCCGAUGCAGGGGAGACGGACAAAGAAGCGAAGAAAGAAGACGAGGACAAAAACGUGGCACGGGACAAGGAGGAGGCUGAUAACGGUGAAGGUGGGGGGGAAUAAAAGCUCACAUUUACAGAAACCACACGGGCGGCUGGUGAGUCAUCGUCUUGAGUUGCUUUAUAUUAUAGUGCUUUUGUGUUACAUGGACUGAAAACAUAAUUUUAUCAAAGUAAUGAUGUUUGCAAAAGUCAACAAUGAUCCCUAAUAUAAUUUAAUGUUUUUUAAUAUUCAUAAACUGAGCUGUCUAUUUCAGAGAACAGUGGUUUUGGAUUAACAUUACAUAUCAACAACACAACUUUGCCAACCGCUGACAGUUUUUUAAAUUUGCUUUUUGUGUCGUUUCAUUUUGGACAUUUUUACUCGAAGAAAGAGGAAUUUUGCUCAGGUUAACAGGGGUGUCGCAUUUAAUAACCGUCUGGCUUUUGUAACUGUCGUUUCCUAAGCUAGUCCCUGAAUUAAAACUACCUGCGUGUUUGACUGAUUCCCCUCAUGUUCUUUACUUAUUCAGUGGUGUUUUGUGUUGUAGUGAUUUAUUGGCACAACAAGAGGAAAGUAGAGGAGGGAAACGAGGUUAAAGCAAAGGUAAAGGAUGAUCAAAGAUGACAUAAAUACAGCAUAGACAUCUGUAUGCUACGUCACACCUGUGGGGUGUAAAAUGUUUUGACUCUUGUUUGGCGAUUCUUUCUUUACUCCACAAGAUGGAGUUAAUACCUCAUUUUGCAGAGCCAUGAGAAUCGUUGGGAAAAACUACACAAUGGAUUCUUCCCACGGAUGAACAAUUUCCUACAAAAUCUUUAAUAUCGAUAAAAUCCUGCCUUUGUUUUAGCUGCAUCAUCUACAUUUUCUGUCGUCUCUAAAUGUCUUGUUUGUAACCGUGAACAGUAUAGGCUUUCAUACUGGUUUAAAACACACUCAUUUACAGAUCAUGCUGUAAUAUAUGUCAUGACGGAUGUAAUUAUUUUACACGUAUCGGACAGAAAAGUCAUUUAACAGGAACAGUUGAACCUGUGAUGCCAAGAAACUGCACCGGUCUCUGGUGAGUUGAUUAGUUUUUGUGUUUUUUGAGCGAUAAUAUGCCUCAAUAAAAUUUGUCAUAAUAUA